GGGACAUAUAUGUGUGUUUACUGAAGAAGGAGGAACUACGUGUAGACCCCUGUUCAAAACAUCCUCUCAUCGGUAGAGAAUGGGGAAUGAGAACUCAAAGGACAUCGAAAAUAUCCAGGAGGUGAAUGGGAGGAUCCCUGUGAAGCAUGAGAACGGAGGAGUGAAUGGGAUUUCUCUGACCGUCACAACCAAUGGACACAAAGUGGACGUUCCGACUAAGCUCCCAAAAGACAAAACUGUGGAUUCCCCAUUACCAGAAGUGAAAACCACAGAAUACAUCAUUGUGGAAUCAAAUACUGCACCUCCUCAAACCAAAGUUCAACCUCCCAAUCCGAGCGUUCCCAGUGACAAACUCCAGACCGAUAAGGAACCGGAGACUCCUAAUCCAGGUGUUCCUGUUGAAGAGGUCCAGAGCAGAGGACAGGAGAGAAGUGGUCUGUUCAGUAAAUUGUUCAUGAAGAAAUCAGCAGAGAAGGAAGGAAACAGCAGCACAUCCCAUUCAAAUGAGGAUCAGACUGACACAAGUACUGUGAGUCAACAACAAACCCCAAAAGGGCAUAUUUCCGAGAAGCAAGAAAAUGCAAACAUCAAUGGAUCCUCACUGAAGCGAUCUGGGACAGAAGUCAAACCUGCAACCACCGUGGACCAAAGUGGCCAGACAGACUCUACAAAAUCAACAGAAUACGUGGUACUUCAGUCACAGGAAGUUAAAACACCAAAAACUCCAGAUCCAACUGUUCCCAAUGAGGAGGGCCAACCCAAAGAGGAGACAGUGAGUCUGUUCAGCAAAAUGUUCAAGAAGAAACCACCUCCUAUAACAGAGAAGGAGCCAGAGAAGGAGCCAGAGCUACAUCUGACAGAGAAGAGCCAAACAGACCAAGUAACGUCACUCAUAAUGCAAAAUGAUGAUAUUCAUAAGAAACACAGAACCGGCAUCUGCAAUGGGAAUAUUCCAGGUAUUCCACAAUCUGAACAGAAGUCCAACUCUCCAGACCCUGAAGAAGCUGAAGUUAAAACUCCUGAUCCAAGUGUUCCCAGAGAAGAGAUCCAACCCAAAGAGGAGAUAGCAGGUCUGUUCAGCAAAAUGUUCAAGAAGAAACCAGUCCCUGUGGUGGACACUGAACCAACAAGAGAACCUGAAAGAGAACACGACAAGGAGCAAGCGAAGAAACCAGAGAAGAAGCCGGAGGAAGAGAGAUACACAGAGACGACGAGUGGAGAUGAGACAGACAGAAGUCCUGCUCAUACGGGCCAACACCUGGAAACUGGGAAGCUAACUGCAGAGCCAGAGAAGGAGGUCGAAGACGGAGAGAGAGACUCGGAGAAGAAAGGACAAGAAAGUGAAUCAGAAAGAGGAGAAAAUCAGGACAACGCUGCAGACGAUAAUCCAGUUAUGAGUUUCUUCAAAACUCUAGUCACUCCCACAAAAACAAAAAAAGAGGCACCAGCUCCAGAUGCCGCAAAAGAACAGCCUCAGGCCUCAGAGACCCAGCCUGCUCCAGCCACUACCACCACUGUCGCGCAGAUUUCAGACCCGCCGGCGCCCCCUAAAGGAAUGCCCAUGCCCCCUCCUCCUCCUCCAGAACCUCCCAGAGCACAGCCAGCUGUGAAGCCCAAAGAGGAGCCUAAACCAAAGGACAGCCCCCAGGCCAAAUCAGCCAGAGACACUCUCACACGGCUCUUCAGGACUAAGUCAAAGAAAACACAACCACACGCCGCAGUAGAAGACGCCCACCCAGACCCACAGACACCACUAGAGCCUCCACCGCCUGUUUCUGGAGACGAGACUGACAGUACAGUAGGCACACAGGACACAGCAGAGGCAGAGACAGUGGUAAACCAACAGAAGCCUGACGCCUCCAAAGCCUCAACACUAGAGGCCGCUGCUAAACCCGACCCUGCUCCAGCCGCUCACGAGGAGAAGAAACCUGAGGCCAAGAAGUCUGUGCUCUCCUUCUUCAAACCCAAAGCUCUGUUCGACCGUGUGACCUCCACAGUCCAGACGGCCUCCAGUGGACUGCAGCUGCUCAUGAAAACUCCAGCAGCGGCAGCAGAUCCCAAAGCCACCCCCGCCCCGGCCACAGCAGAGGCAGGUCCAGCCAAAGAGGAAGCUCCAAAAGCAGCAAAGUCUCCUGAGGCUCCUGCAGAGAGCAAACCCACCACUGCAGCACCACCUGCUGGAGAAGAGGCCCCAACUCCACCCAAGAAACAGGAGAAGAGGAACUCCAUCACACUCUUCUUCAAAAACCUGAGUCAGAAGCGCCCCUCCACAGACGCAGGAGCCCCGACAGAAGCCGAGAAAACCAAGUGAAACCACCGUCUGUACAAAAGGAUCACUAUAAUACAGCAGUAGAAGGAGUACACAGUUUACUUAAGUAAAAGUACAGAUACUGGAGCAAAAAAUGCUCAAGUAAAAGUAUCACAUGAUAAAGUCUACUGAAGUAAAAGUAUUAAAAUGAUAAAAACGCACCUAAAUAGUAAAUUUUCAGAUAUAAUAAGGCUUCGGUUGCAGUGAUUUUGAUACAGAUUUGUGCAGAACUUUGUUCAUCAAAAAAUUUAAUUGAUUGUUUUUUCCUACCUGUUUUUAUUUGUAAAUUUUGUUCAAAUCCAAUCUAAAAAUGUGCUAAAAAAUAAACGCUCAGACUUUUUUAGCAGGUCUCAAGCAAUAAUAAAAAAUACUUUUACUUUUCAGUCCUGUUAAAAAAAUGUAGUGGAGUAGAAAGUACAGAUACUACUCUCAAAUGUAGUGAAGUAAAAGUAAAAAGUAUCCACUUUGAAAUGUACUUAAGUAAAGUACAGAUACCUAAAAUUUGUAUCAAGUCCAGUACUGUUGGACUUUUGUUCCUUUCCAUCACUGCUAUAACAUAAGGAGUAUAGCGCCCCCUGUUUAUUUAGUACUGAGUUAAAAUCAUUAUAUAAAGUCAGUUGUGAAAAUGGGAAAGUGGAAGUGCAUGAGUGAAUUAUGAAGCAGAUAGCUGAAAUGAAAGUGUCUGAAUGAUGUUUAUCUAUAAUAACUCAACAUGCUUUGCUAUGGGAAAGUCCAAACUGCUCCAUAUGAUUUUAUUAGCAGUAUCUUAGAAUGCAUUGCUCAAGGGCAGAGGUGGGAGGUUUAUCAAAAAAUGGAUCAUAUUGUAAUUAUUGUUUUGGAGAUAUGCAA